GAAAGGCGUGUAAAUCUCCCUCGGUCAGGUUCCAUGAUUUCAUAUAGAUAAUACAAAACUUGCACACAUUUUACUCCAUAUCAAUAUUAUUAUACUACCUUUCUUCUUCUUACAUAUCGUCUAUUUUGUGUAAGUGUAAAUAAGAAGCGAUGGAUGAAGAGUACGAUGUUAUAGUUCUGGGCACGGGUCUCAAGGAAUGCAUUCUCAGCGGUCUCCUCUCCGUUGAGGGUCUCAAAGUACUGCACAUGGAUAGGAAUGAUUACUAUGGUGGCGAAUCAACUUCUCUCAAUUUAAAUCAGUUAUGGAAGCGAUUUAAGAGCAACGAUGCAGCUCCUGAAACAUUGGGUGCAAGCAGAGAUUACAAUGUUGAUAUGAUCCCCAAGUUCAUGAUGGCUAAUGGUGCAUUGGUUCGAGUUCUCAUCCGCACUAGUGUCACAAAAUAUUUGAAUUUUAAGGCCGUGGACGGUAGUUUUGUGUACAACAAAGGCAAGAUUUACAAAGUACCCGCAAAUGAUGUUGAAGCACUCAAGUCACCGCUAAUGGGAUUGUUCGAGAAGCGGCGGGCACGGAAGUUCUUUGUUUUUGUACAAGACUAUAACGAAAAUGAACCAAAAACGCAUGAAGGGAUGGAUCUCAAAACAGUUACAGCAAAAGCUGUGAUUUCGAAGUAUGGACUAGAUGACAAUACAGUUGACUUCAUUGGGCAUGCAUUGGCACUUUAUAAGGAUGAUAGUUACUUGGAACAGCCUGCCCUUGAUUUUGUUAAAAAAGUUAAGUUGUAUGCAGAGUCUUUGGCUCGAUUUCAAGGAGGAUCCCCUUACAUUUAUCCUUUGUACGGGCUAGGAGAAUUGCCGCAGGGAUUUGCUCGUCUGAGUGCCGUUUAUGGUGGCACAUAUAUGCUUAACAAGCCUGGAUGUAAGGUAGAGUUUGGCGAUGAUGGAGCGACCAUUGGCGUGACAUCCGAGGGAGAAACUGCUAAGUGCAAGAAAGUAGUCUGUGAUCCUUCUUAUUUACCUGACAAGGUAAAAAAGGUUGGAAAAGUGGCCCGUGCUAUAUGUUUGAUGAACCAUCCCAUACCAAACACGGGAGAUGCUCAUUCAGUCCAGAUUAUUUUGCCACAAAAACAGAUUAAACACAAAUCAGACAUGUACGUGUUUUGCUGCUCUUAUUCUCAUAAUGUAGUUCCAAAAGGCAAAUACAUUGCUUUUGUCACAACAGAGGCGGAAACAGAUAAUCCUGAAGCUGAACUGAAGCCUGGCAUAGAUCUCCUUGGAUCUGUAGAAGAAAUAUUUUUUGAUACUUAUGACAGAUACGAGCCCACGAACCUUGAUGCAUCUGAUAACUGCUUCAUAUCUACGAGUUAUGAUGCAACGACGCACUUUGAGUCCACAGUAGAUGAUGUGAUUGCAAUGUACAGGAGAAUAACCGGAAAGGAUCUGGACCUUAGUGUUGAUCUAAGUGCUGCUAGUGCCGCUGAAGAAUAAUUCCUCAAGUGUCGUAUACCAGAGCUGGUGAAAUUUAAGAAUCAUGACUAAACUUUUAUUCUUCUAUUUCGUCAACCUGAUUCUGCACUUUUCAGUGUCCUUGAGUUUGUUUAUUGCAGUCAUUUCUGAACCAGCAUUGCAUUCUUUGUAGAUGUGUUGUUUGCUUAGAGUUUGUUACAUUUAUUGAUGAACAGAAAAUUUACUUGGGCAUUAAGAAUAAGUCCAUAUUUUUUCUAGGAAUAUACAACAUCUGCAUAAUAAUAGUAAUUUGUAUACACUGGUGAAUAAA